AUGGAAAACAUUGAAAAACAUAUAGUGAUUCAAGCCGAUACGCUUGAAAAGGUGAAAAAGGCGCACGUUAACUACAAAAAAUCGCCUAAGGAGAGAUUGACGGCUGGUUAUGUAAAGGGAAGAAUAGAUACACUGGAGUUGUACUGGAAAGAGUUUAAAGUCUUACAUGAAAUGUUAAUUUUGUCGAUUCCUAUGGAACAGCGUCAAGCUACAAAUUAUUUCGCCGACAACAUGUUUGAGGAAUUUGAAGAAGCGUAUUACGCAUACAAAGGCGAAAUGAUGUCUAAGUUAGAUUGUAUGGUGCCGACAAAAAGUGAGUCUAAACAAACACUUACACCUAGCACAUCGAAUAGUGGUGAAGUAAAAUUACCACGUAUUUCGCUUCCUUCGUUUAAUGGCAACUACACUGAAUGGCAGUCUUUCCAUGAUUUAUUUAUGGCAUUAGUGCAUAACAAUGAAUCUUUGCAAGAUGUUCAAAAGCUACAUUACCUAAAGGGCAGUUUAGCUGGAGAAGCGGAGGCAUUAUUACGACAAUUUUCAAUAACCGCUGAAAAUUAUAAAGAAGCUUGGUCAGUACUAAAGAAACGUUAUGCCAAUAAGAGAUACAUAGCAAACUGUGUUUUUAAGAAAUUCUUUACACAAAAAACGUUAACACACGAAUCAGCUACAGCAUUAAGGCAACUGUUGGAUACUUCGGUGGAAUGUAUGAGUGCGCUGAAACAUCUAGGCUUACCUACGAAUCAUUGGGACGCAAUUAUUAACUACUCCAUAGUGUCAAAAUUAGACUCGAGCACUCAUAAGGAAUGGGAAGAGUUAAUAAGCAGAGACGAGACGAACGACUUACCUAGUUUUGAAAAAUUAAAAUCGUUCCUGGAAAAUAGAUUUCGUACUCUGGAGAUGGUUGAACCUGCAAGUAAAGUAUACAAACCUGUGAAAACAAAGAUGUUUCAUGUUACUGCAACGAGCGAAGUGAAGUGUACAUUCUGCAAUGAAGAUCAUUAUAUUUAUCAAUGUAAACAGUUUUCCAAGCAAUCAGUAGAAGACAGAUACAGUUUCGUGCAGAAAAACAAUCUCUGUUUUAAUUGUUUAAUACCGAACCACAAUGUAUUUAAAUGUAAACAAAAGACAACUUGUCAGAUUUGUAAAAGAAGGCAUCAUUCGUUAUUGCACCGAGAGAAACAAGCAAGUGGAGAAUCGCAUACGUCUGGAGAAACAAAUAACAACAAUAAAGAAAAGAUACAAACCGUCGUCGUUGCGCACACGUCGAGCGCAUCACGAGUUCUACAACCUGGUCGAGGCACUUUGUUGACGACAGCACUGGUGCAUGUCACAGCGGAGUCGGGGCAGUCACACGUGCUUCGGGCUCUCGUGGACCAGGGUUCAGAGGAGUCCUUCGCGACUGCAAGGGCGGUCGAGUUGCUGGGUUUGAAGAAAACUAAAAUCAGCGGAGUGAUCUCUGGUGUUGAGGAGUGUGAGACGACUAUCAAACAUAGGGUAACAUUACGCAUUCAAUCAAGGUACGAUAUUUCCUAUUGUAUAAAUGUAGAUGCUUAUGUAUUGAAAUCUAUAACCCGUCAGCUACCAUCUAGGGAAAUAAGAAGUCUUAAUUGGCCACAAGUUAACAAAUUAGAUUUAGCUGAUCCCACCUUUGGCUCACCAGGGAGGAUUGACAUUCUUCUUGGUGCGAGAGUUUACAGCGAAAUCCUAGAAGCAGGUUUAAUGAAAGGACCAGGAAAUUUUCUUGCUCAAAAAACACACCUGGGCUGGAUUUUGUCAGGGGGUAAUAAGGAUACUAAUGCAUCAUUUACUAUUUCACAGCACAUUACAAGUCUACAUGUUACAAGACAAAUUGAAGAAGAUAAUAAUCUCCUGAAAAGGUUUUGGGAGGUAGAAUCUGAACUAUACACGAAGCAGAGCAUGUGGACGAAAGAGGAAGAAAAGUGCGAGGAAAUAUAUCAGCAAACAACAACGAGGGACGAGACAGGGAGGUACGUAGUACAGCUUCCUUUAAAGACAACUUUUGAAGACACUGUAAGAUCGUGUGGAAAUACAAAGCAUCAGGCAGUAAUCAGAUUAGAGCAGCUGGAAAGAAAGUUCGCCCGAAACGAGCAUCUGAAAGCAGAAUACACCAGAGUUAUACACGAGUACUUACAGUUAGGCCAUAUGAAGAAGGUCGACGCAGAAGAUGAAGGUAAUGCAGUAUAUCUUGCGCAUUGUGCUGUAAUAAGAGAAGAUAAGGAGACAUCAAAGCUGCGCAUAGUUUAUGACGCGUCAGCAAAGGGCCCAAACGGAUGUUCCUUAAACAGCAGCAUGAUGGUAGGACCUACGAUUCAGCCAGAUCUUCGUAGUCUGGUAUUUAGAUGGAGAGCUCAUAAAAUCUGUGUUAUUGGCGAUAUUAUAAAGAUGUAUCGUCAGGUAAGAAUGCAUGACAAACACACAGAUUUACAACGCAUAGUAUGGCGGGAUAAUACAUCUGAGAAGAUAGAUAGUUACAAGCUACUUACGGUGACAUUUGGGACAGCAGCUGCACCUCAUCUGGCUGUCCGUACUCUUCAACGUUUGGCUGAUGAUGAACAACACAACUACCCUCGAGGAGCGGCGGUAGUAAGAAACUCCUUUUACAUGGAUGACCUUAUGACAGGUCAUGAAGAUCUCGACGAAAUGAAAGCAACCUGUAAAGAAAUAAAUGCAUUAUUAAAGGCAGGUGGUUUUGAGAUGCAAAAGUGGUCUAGUAACUCUGAAGAACUCCUGAAGGACUUGGUUGAUGGCACGAAGACUCCGGAACCUGUAAAAGACAAAAAAGAGAUUAAAUUAGAUAAAAUAAUAAAAAUACUGGGACUUACCUGGGAUAGGAAGGAUGAUACUUUUCACGUUUCAGUAAACUUACCAGCAAGCAGGAUACCUGUAACAAAGAGAGUGAUUUUAUCUGAUGUUGCUAGCUUGUUUGAUCCUUUUGGAUGGCUCUCACCUGUUGUAAUAACAGCCAAAAUCAUGAUCCAAAAAUUAUGGCUUUGUCAUUGUGGUUGGGAUGAUGAGUUAUCUUCAGAGUUGGUUGACGAAUGGAUGAGCUUCAGAGACGAAUUGCACGAGCUACAAACUGUUGAGAUUCCAAGAUGGAUCAAGAUGUCAUCUCACUGCAAAGAAGUAUAUCUGCACGGGUUCUCUGAUGCCUCAACACUUGCACUUGCAGCUGUUGUGUAUGCAAGAGUUAUCGACGAGCACGAAGUUGUUCAUGUCACGAUGUUAGCCUCUAAAACAAAAGUAGCCCCCCUGAAGCAAUUGACGGUCCCGAAGCUUGAACUUUGUGCUGCGGUGAUAUUAGCAAAGCUGCUGCAUGAAAUUUCAAGGUUAUUGAACAUACCUAUGCACAAAAUCUACGCUUGGACAGACUCGAUGGUAGUGCUUUCAUGGUUGCAGUCCCCACCCAGCCGCUGGCAAGUAUUCGUUGGCAACAGAGUGUCAGAAAUUAUCCAGCAUAUAGAUAACGACAGGUGGAGACACGUUUCGUCGGAAGACAACCCAGCUGAUCUUGCCUCAAGAGGUAUCAGGGCAAGUGAACUAGCAAACAAUGAACUUUGGUGGAGUGGACCCAGAUGGUUAAAGGAGACAAACACUGAGAUGUUAAGGGCCACUACAAUUCCAACAACAGAUUUAGAAAGCAAGAAAUCAUUCCACACUUCAGUACAAGACACACCUAUUUGGGAGAGAUUUUCGUUGAUGGUCAGGAUGAAAAGAGUGAUAGCUCAAUGUAAGAGAUUUUUAGAUUAUAAAACCAGAAGACAUGAUAUCUUGAGCGCUGCUGAAUUGGAUGAAGUUGAAACCUGCUGCGUGAGAUAUUAUCAGAAACUAGUAUAUAGCCAAGAAUUUGAAGACCUGAAAAAGAAAGGAAAGGUUAGAAACAAAAGUUCAUUAAUUAAACUUACCCCGUACGUAGAUGAACACGAUUUACUGCGAGUUGGAGGACGGUUGAGUAAAGCGUUGUCUAAAAUAAUAUUGUUACCUAAAACUGCAGAUUAA